AUGCCGCCCUGCGCUCGGUGGACGCCUCCUCGAGGCCGCUCUACAGGACACAUCGCGACGGCUAAACGCCAACGUUGCACCGCGUCCGAAACCAUACUUACAGGACUGCUUUACGGCGUCGGAAGUGGUGAUGCGCCAGGACUUGCGAAUAAGGGCUGUCUUCUCGUAAAUGCGACCUACACAGUACACCGGACCUGGCUCAAAGACUCUAGCUGGCGAGGUGGUUCGCGCGCCGCCUCAGCUGCGACAGGGAGAAAAGGACUGGCAGUUUGCAUGUGCCUUGACUCACUCGUGAAUCCGACAACAAGUGGGCGGCAUUCAACGAUUCAGCCCAAAACCUUGUGGCAUGAUAAUCAGGCCGGAGUUGUCAUCGUGCGAGGAAGGGGACGGCAAGGAACCGCAACGCAAUCUGGCAGUCCGACUUGUGCAAGAAACAUUGUUUGGUGGCUUUUGCUGCUGCUGCUGCUCUCGGCGCACAAACCAAAGAAGCUGAAUUUCGAUGAGUCGGAAGAGUUUACGAGUUGCGUUCCUGGCCCAACAGCAUCUCGCCACCCAACUACCGAGCCCACCACCCCUUGGUGGCCGAAAAUGGGAUACGGCAAGGGCAAAAAGCAACCAUCCCCAGAAAGCUAA